ACUACACAUCUCGGCAAGAUGGGGAAUAGCUGCUGCGAUCUCGCUCGUCAUGCACCCUACUGGAGCCUAUGGCUAUGGAUCCUCCUAGACUUCAGCUUCCCUUCUUCAAUCCGCGCAAUUCGGAAGGAUAUCGGUCUCGUGGAGAAUCCUGUUUGCAGGAAUACUGUCCAGGGGCGUUACUUAUUAUCAGAUGAUAAUGGAUAUGUAUGUACUGCCCUUUCCGUUAAUUCAUGGACCCGGUGCUGUCCCUCUAAGGGGGACCGAUUUUCUUGUCAGGGCUGCAACCUUGUUUCACAUUGUUGCAAUUCAUAUGAGUACUGUGUAUCAUGCUGCUUAGAUCCAUCAAGGACUGAAAAAGCUAUGGCUUUGAAGGUGAAAAUUGCUAAACCAAUCACAUCAGGAACUUAUUCUAGUGUGUUUGAUUUCUGUGCUGGAAUAUGCCGUCAUAACUCUGCAAGUGUGGUUCAUGAGAAUGCCUAUGCAAGUGAGUUCCACCACUGUUUUUCACUACAAUCAAAUUCUACAGGGAACACAGAGCCCAAUUCUGAAGCAAGAUUAUCUGGUAUCGACGUUGUUGUCGGAAGGCUCGGAGAAUCUUGUAAUGCAGUUUGCAGUUCAAGAGGGAAAACAUGUGUUCCAAACAGACUUUUGCUUCUAAAUAGAUGUGAUAUUUUGCAGAAAUAUAUGAACUGUAAGGGUGGAUGUUUCGCAAGCAUUGGGUCAGAUCAACCUGCAGAAGUUGUUGAAGAUGCACCCAAGAACAUGAACCCAGGUGCAUGCUUGUACACUCAAACAGAGUCUUUAGUUUCAUGUGAUGGCUCACAUCAACAAACCAAGAGGCUUUGCCCGUGCGCAUGAUGGCAUCACUCGCGAUACUGACAGUGAACAAUCCCAGAUGAAACUACAGUUGGAUCUUGAAAAUUUACAGAGUUGAAAGAUGUUCCAUAACCUUUUUGCAAAAGCUGGCGGUUUUGAUUUCUCUGGAUGUAGUCAUCAGGUAUGAAACUGGCUAUCGCUUCCGAUACUGAUAAUUGUCUGUCGCCUGUAUUUUGCCUGCACAAUACAAAUUUUUGCUGCCUUCUUACCUUUGAGAUUUCA